UUUUGCAAAGAAAAUCAAAAUGGACCAAAUUUUCCAAGGCAUGACUUGUUUUGACCCUUGACUGGAAUUCCACAUCGCUGCUCUUUGGCAUAUUCGCCAGGCUUCUUGCGAUUUAGCCACAUCCAUGGCGAACAUCGGCAUCUUGUUCUCCGAGCGUCGUUUCCGGUCUACCAAUUCGCGUUUGUCAUUGCAGUCGCGGGCAAGGCAAGCAGGCCUUCCCAUCGGAAGGGUCAGACUCUAGUAUAAGAUUGAGAUGAUUAGUACAUGUAGACUCUGUCACUCACGUUUGCUAGAGUUUCCUGGCCAAUCAGUCUGUCUCGCCGCCUGAUAGAUAACAUUUCUAUCGGGGAAAGGCAGACUCAGACUUAAAGAGAAAUUACAAGGUGCCAGAAGAUAGCUCGUCUGCCUCGACGCAGACGUACGCAUUUCACAGAGGAAGGAAGAGAGAGUGGGAGACAGAGUCACUGGCAUUGGCUGCAGCAGUUCGAUGGAUGUUUCGUCCAUGAAAUCGUUGUAUUCGCUAGUAGAUCCAGCGAUUUUCACUCGCGUCGGACGCCUUGUGAGAUAAUAGAGAAUAGCAUUCAGGAGAUCCCUACUUGCUCGUAGCAUUUCUUUUCAAUCACGGUUCGGUCAAGUUUAAAUAAUUGCAGAAUGGCUCCUGAAAUGCCAGAAGGAAAAACCGUGGCUGUAAUCAUGGUCGGAGGACCCACGAAAGGUACUCGGUUCCGUCCUCUCUCUCUGAAUCUAGCGAAACCAUUAUUCCCACUUGCGGGACAACCAAUGGUUCAUCAUCCAAUACUCUCUUGCAAGAACAUACCAAACCUGGCCCACAUUUACCUGAUAGGAUUUUACGAAGAAAGGGAAUUUUCCGUCUACUGCUCAGCAAUCUCAAAUGAGCUCAAAAUACCAGUAAAAUACCUGCGAGAAGAGAAAGCACAUGGCUCGGCCGGUGGUCUUUACAAUUUUAAGGACCUUCUUAUGGAAUUUUGCCCAGAAGACAUAAUUGUCUUGAAUUGUGAUGUCUGCUGCAGUUUUCCGUUGCAAGAAAUGCUCGCCGCUCAUAAAGCUCACGGAGGAAUGGGGACCUUGUUAGUGAAAAAGGUUUCACCAGACGUUGCUAGUCAAUUUGGUGAGCUUGUCGCCGAUCCGAAUACUGGAGAGCUUCUCCAUUAUGCCGAGAAGCCGGAGACGUUUGUGAGUGAUCACAUUAAUUGUGGUGUUUAUAUCUUCACCCCAGACAUUUUCAAAGCUAUUCAAGAUGUUUCAACAUCUCGCAGAGACAGAGCAACUUUUCGACGUAUAUCUAGCUUUGAAGCUCUACAGUCAGCAACAAAGUCCAUACCAACUGACUUUGUGAGGCUCGACCAGGACAUCUUAACCCCUCUUGCUGGCAAGAAGCAACUGUACACUUUUGAGACAGCAGAUUUCUGGGAGCAGAUCAAAACUCCUGGCAUGUCCUUGCGGUGUUCUUCACUUUACCUUGAAGAGUAUCGACGCACUUCUCCAGACCUACUAGCCAAGGGUGAAAACAUAAUUGGCGAUGUCUUCAUUCAUCCGUCAGCGAAGAUACAUGCAUCAGCAAAGAUUGGUCCCAACGUAUCUAUCUCUGCAAAUGCUCGAAUUGGUCCUGGAGUGCGUUUGAUCGGCUGCAUAAUUCUUGAUGAUGUCGAGAUUAAGGAAAAUGCCGUGGUUAUGCACUCAAUUGUUGGCUGGAAAUCAAGUAUAGGCAGGUGGUCUAGAGUACAGGGUGGUGGUGAUUAUAACGCCAAAUUAGGAAUCGCCAUUUUGGGUGAAGAUGUUUGUGUGGAGGAUGAGGUGGUGGUCAUCAACUGCAUAGUCCUUCCUCACAAAAAUCUUAAUCAAAGUGUCCUCGAGGAGAUUAUCUUAUGAUUUUCUAAUGAGGAGGAUCGCCGCGGUAGGAACUGAAUUGAAUUUCUGAUUGGUUCAUUGACACAAAUGUCUUGCACAUUGGCAUCUUUUGACAGACAAAAACUAGAUCCUCGAUAUGGCUUUGUCUGUCGAUCUGAUUAAGUUGUAGUUUCAUUCGGUUGUGAGUAGGUGGUUUUGUGAAAGUUUGGAUGCUGGACGUGGGAACCGAUUUUUUAUAUACUUACUCUUGGUACGUGUCGUCACUUGACCUAGAUCUUACACCUAGAUGCAGCCUUCAGAGUCAAGGCUAUCCGAGUCUCUUUCCUUCAAAACUCGCCACUGUGAAGUCUACUCAUUCCAGAAUAACUGAAAGGUUAUCUUGUCACAGCUAUACAUAUACACGGGCGACAUGGACACCAUAGCAAAGAAGAUCUGAAGAUCAUAGACAGGUUACAGUUCUUUGUAGGAGCGGAACAUGCGAAGAUACUGAAUUCGACAUGUGUACGUUCUCAACUCGUCAAACCGAACUUCAGUUCGGAAAUUUAGACAUACUAACAAUUCCUGCUCUGAUAACAAGUUUCAGAGAGUAUUUGCAUAUGUGAUGUGCACGAUUAAAUUCAAUGCCCCAAAUCAGGGCCCUUGCAAUCUGCUUCGCUA